AUGCUGCUGCUGCUGCUCUUGAUAUUCCAGACCUUGCGGGGGUCCUCGUCCCAGAAACCAGGGUAUGAGCUGGAGGUCCCAGCAUCAGUGACAGUACAAGAAGGACUGUGCAUCCAGGUCCCUUGUUCUUUCUCCCACAAUUCAUAUGCCAUAAUCCGUAGCUUCAACACUUUUGAAUACUGGUUCAAGGAGGAAGCCAACAUUAACAGAGACAAGCCAGUGGCGACAAAUGACCCAAUCCGGGAGGUGCAGGAGGAGGCCAGGGGGCGAUUCCAUCUUGUUGGGGACCUUACAAAGAACAACUGCUCCCUGAGCAUCACCGAUGUCCAGAAAAGGGACAGUGGGCAAUACUUCUUCCGGAUAGUGAGUGGAGAGAGUUUGAAAUUCAGUUACAAAAGUUAUUUGGUUAAUGUGAGUGUGAAAGCUCUGACGCAGAAGCCAGACAUCUACAUUCCAAGGACCUUGGAGCCUGGACACCUAGUGAAAGUGAUUUGUAUUGCCCCCUUAGCCUUUGAGUGUGGGACACCCCCUAUUUUCUCUUGGACAGGGGCUUUCCUCUCUUCCCAGGAAAUCAUCAGAGAAACCCUCUAUUUCUCUGAGCUGGCAUUCACUCCAAGGCCCCAGGACCAUGGCUCUAAUCUUACCUGUCAAGUGACACUCCCAGGGGCCAGAGUAAGCCUAGAGAGAAUGGUCCAGGUCAUGAUGGCUGGGGAACAGAAGAGCUCUUGGCCUCUGGUACUGACCCUGCUCCGAGGGGCCCUUAUGGGAAUUGGCUUCCUCCUCACCUAUGGCCUCACCUACCUCUAUUAUAGCAGGAGCGGAAAUCACUAAGGACAAAGUGAGAACAGCCAAGGCACCUGUACUGACCAUGGACCCUCAAUCCCUCCCCACACCUGGUCUUCAGGCCUGUGCCAAGGAUAGAAUCAGGACUGAGAAUGGAAAAUGCCAGAC